GUAUUCUCUAUGGCGGCACCGCGAUUGGAGGCAUUUAAAUUGUUUUGAACAAUGAAACUGUUAGAGCAAGUUAACUUAGAAUGUCUUAGCUCACAACUGAGUAGUGCUAGUAAACGAUUCAAGAUUGAUGCCAGGUUGGAAAGUUAUUCAUGCAAAAUGGUUUCAGAAGAAAAACGUCAGUUUAGAGAAUUAGUCUCUCGUUUGCAUGGUGCUGAAAGUCAUGAAUCUCCUACCCUCUACCUUGGAUCAUCACAAACUUUACGAGAUUUGCAUGAAUUAACUGGACAAGUCAUCGAUCCCCAAACAUUCCGAAUGAGUAUCAUACAAGAUCAAUCACCAACGAAUCUUCCCAGUCUGUCUCCUCUUAGAAAUCCUUCGAGUGGAAGAAAACGUGGACGGUCUGAAACCUCUGUGAACUUGGACGAUAGCGUUUCCGAUUCAUCAUCUCCUAAGUCUUCAGCACUAGCCCUUUCAACCAAAGACUUCUUUUGUUUAAUGAGCACGCUAAAUAGCUGUUUUGGGCCUACUUAUGAUUUCUUGACUGCAAGAAGCGAUGAAUUUUGUAUGGAACCUGAACUUUGGCUUGUAAAGCACUAUAUUUCCAGAUUUUGUUCCAUUUAUGUGGAUAAAUACGAAGACAUUGCACCUCAGCUUUGGACGGUUAUUGGUGAAGAAAUUAUACCUGAUCAGUGUCGUAUAUACAGUUAUCGUCCAGAUCACCUCUCCGAUCCCUACAGUUCAGGUUGUUUAGCAUCAUUCAAUUACUUUUUUCAUAACCGAUUGCUGCGUCGUAUACUAUUCUUCUCCCUUCGUGUAUUAAAUGACUCGCUUGUAGAAGGAGAAAAUGAAUUAGAUGAGUCAGAUUUGUAUUAAAAGAAGAGAAUAUCAGCGUCCUAUAUACACUGAUCGCAUAAACUCUAAUUUUUUAAUAAAUUAUUAUAAACUGCUUACAAAGUAUCAAUAGCCAUGAACGUAUAUGUUUCAUUUCUUUACUACGAACCUGUAUAUAAAUAUUCUCAUAACACAAUUACUUCCAUACAAUAUAUCUCAUCAUAUCUAUUUAUUCUGUAGCUGCUGAUACAUGCAUUUAAUCUGUAUUAUUAUUACUUUUUCGCAAUGUAUACUUCUGCAUUCUUACAUAAGCACAUGAGUUGUGUAUAUUUAUUCAUGUAAUGCACGUUUGAUAGAAUUCUUUUUUUAGUUUUUAUAAUACUAAAAAAAGUGAUUUGAUUACGUUCUAGUUGAUUCCUUUGAUAUGAUGCACUUUUUUUGAUUAAUAUAAAAAUUUCUGAUGUUUUU